AUGAGGAAGGAGCAACCGGUGCUCGAUCGUGCAAAUAGCGAUGGUGCCGCAGUCUGUGUUCUGCGAUCUUUCGCUAACAGUCCUCCCUUGUCGUCUUCGCCCACCAGCGCUGCGUCGCGUGCGGCGACGAAUGCCCUCGGAAGGGCCUUGAGUAUCGCAUCGAAGAAGCUGUUCGGUGGGAACGGGUUGCCGACGUCUCGGACGUCGCAGGACUAUUCGCCGUCCACUUCUUCUCCGCGGCGGCAGGAGAUCAUCACGGCGCGAAGUCCUGAUGAUGGUGGCGUACGCGACCCUCUGGAGGAGAUAAUCCUAUCACACUUCGAUGAUCUCGUGCAGAAAGACGGAUGUUCUGACCAGAGCAACACGGACCUCGAAGCUGACAACAACGCCAUCACAGGCAUUGCUGCCUACAUGCUGGUCAUGUCGUUCUCGCAGAAGGGCAUUGAUCAGCUGCGCAACCACCAAGAGUAUGUGAAGAUGCGGGAUCCGGACGAGGAGACCUUGGUUAGCGAGGGAUUUUUAGAAGGUGGGAGACAGCCCGUUUCUGUCGUGUCUGGCCAUGUCGCUCACUUGCAUUUUCCACAGUUCUAA